AUGUGCUUCCUUAGGCUGCACUUCAUUAAACACCAUCAUUCCAAACCUCUACUCCCCACUACAAAUAUAAAAGAAGGCACCCUUUGCUUCUAUCCUAGGGACUUGAGCCUGGUCUUCAUCUGCUGUGCUGAUUCCUCUCCUCCUCAGGGCCCAUCCUCAGCCAUGUGGAGGAUCCUCUUCUUAUUCUUUGCCAUUAUCUAUGUUCUCAUUCAAAUUCCCCCAGGUUGCAAAGCAGGACUUGAAGAAUACCAGCUAGAUACAGGAGGUGAGCUUAAGAUCUGUGCCACAUGCAGGCUUGGGAGAGGAAAGUGUCGCAGAAAAUGUAAAAGUGAUGAAACAGUUGCUGGAUCCUGUAAGCAAAGCAUGCUCUGCUGCCGUAAAAGAAUACCAUGA